UGUAAACAUUGGCUCAACAAAACCUCCAAAAGUUGUCACAACAGGCCCGGUGACUGGCUCCAUUACAGAAGUUGUUGAAACUACAACUGCAGUACCUGAAGUCAUGACAACAAGUCAGGAAGCAGUUGUAACAUCUAAGCCAUCCAUUGUUACCAAAACCACAACAACACCAGCCAGAACCACUGGAGGAUUUACAACAAACGCUUCUGGAACUACAACAUCCGAAGGUCAAGAAACAACUGUAAGUACAAGAAAGCCUGUUGAAGCAACCACUGUUCAACUAACAUCCUCCACCACAGCAGUUCUUGAAACCACAACUCCACUGCCAGGGGCAACUACAAAAAGCAGUCAAGGAACAACUAUAUCAUCAAAGCCCUCCCUUUCUACAACAACUACACCAGGCCCUUUCAGCAUCUCCCAGAGAGCUACAACAAAGUUUGUUGAAACAACUGGCUCAGAAACAACAACUGUAAACAUUGGCUCAACAAAACCUCCAAAAGUUGUCACAACAGGCCCGGUGACUGGCUCCAUUACAGAAGUUGUUGAAACUACAACUGCAGUACCUGAAGUCAUGACAACAAGUCAGGAAGCAGUUGUAACAUCUAAGCCAUCCAUUGUUACCAAAACCACAACAACACCAGCCAGAACCACUGGAGGAUUUACAACAAACGCUUCUGGAACUACAACAUCCGAAGGUCAAGAAACAACUGUAAGUACAAGAAAGCCCGUUGAAGCAACCACUGUUCAACUAACAUCCUCCACCACAGCAGUUCUUGAAACCACAACUCCACUGCCAGGGGCAACUACAAAAAGCAGUGAAGGAACAACUAUAUCAUCAAAGCCCUCCCUUUCUACAACAACUACACCAGGCCCUUUCAGCAUCUCCCAGAGAGCUACAACAAAGUUUGUUGAAACAACUGGCUCAGAAACAACAACUGUAAACAUUGGCUCAACAAAACCUCCAAAAGUUGUCACAACAGGCCCGGUGACUGGCUCCAUUACAGAAGUUGUUGAAACUACAACUGCAGUACCUGAAGUCAUGACAACAAGUCAGGAAGCAGUUGUAACAUCUAAGCCAUCCAUUGUUACCAAAACCACAACAACACCAGCCAGAACCACUGGAGGAUUUACAACAAACGCUUCUGGAACUACAACAUCCGAAGGUCAAGAAACAACUGUAAGUACAAGAAAGCCCGUUGAAGCAACCACUGGUCAACUAACAUCCUCCACCACAGCAGUUCUUGAAACCACAACUCCACUGCCAGGGGCAACUACAAAAAGCAGUGAAGGAACAACUAUAUCAUCAAAGCCCUCCCUUUCUACAACAACUACACCAGGCCCUUUCAGCAUCUCCCAGAGAGCUACAACAAAGUUUGUUGAAACAACUGGCUCAGAAACAACAACUGUAAACAUUGGCUCAACAAAACCUCCAAAAGUUGUCACAACAGGCCCGGUGACUGGCUCCAUUACAGAAGUUGUUGAAACUACAACUGCAGUACCUGAAGUCAUGACAACAAGUCAGGAAGCAGUUGUAACAUCUAAGCCAUCCAUUGUUACCAAAACCACAACAACACCAGCCAGAACCACUGGAGGAUUUACAACAAAUGCUUCUGGAACUACAACAUCCGAAGGUCAAGAAACAACUGUAAGUACAAGAAAGCCCGUUGAAGCAACCACUGUUCAACUAACAUCCUCCACCACAGCAGUUCUUGAAACCACAACUCCACUGCCAGGGGCAACUACAAAAAGCAGUGAAGGAACAACUAUAUCAUCAAAGCCCUCCCUUUCUACAACAACUACACCAGGCCCUUUCAGCAUCUCCCAGAGAGCUACAACAAAAAGCUCUAUAACAACCAUAGGUAUUAUAACAGGACAGUUACACACAACAAGUGUACUUACAAAUCCCUCUGUGAAAAACACUACAACCUCAACUACUGAACAUCCUUUAGGAGGCACAACCUAUAUCGCCCCCAUUACACAGACACUUCCUGGUAGUACAACAGUUUUUCCAUCAGGAUCCACUUUCCAGACGACCGGAGCAACAGUCCCUUCCUCUCCAAGACUUACCACAACAUUGUGUGUUUGUAAUGUUAAUGGAACAUCUCAUCAUCCUGGGGACUUGUUAUACAAUGUUACUGAUGGCCUUGGGUGGUGUUACAGCGCAUACUGCAAUGCAUCUUGUAAAGUUGAAACUCGAUCCAGCCCAUGUCCAACCUCUUCGACACCUAGUACUACUGCACAUUCUUCUACUUCACUGUUCAGCACAACACAGGCCCCAAUUUCAAGCUCAGUACCUCUGAGUACAACCACAACAACAGCAUCCACAACGACCCAAGACUGCUAUGAUCUGAGCACACCUAAAAAGAAUGGAGAGUCCUGGAAGAUUGACAAUUGCACCACAGCUACUUGCAAAGAAGGCAAGAUAACAUUCACACCUAAAGUCUGUCCGAAUGUAACCCAGCCCAUCUGUGCCAAUGCAAGGAAACCGGUCCAGGUCUAUGAGCAAGAUGGAUGUUGCUUUCACUAUGAAUGUGAAUGUGUGUGCAGUGUCUGGAGUGGAUCCUACUACAUGACGUUUGAUGGACAAAUAUAUAAUUUACAACAGAACUGCUCCUUUUACUUGGUUAAGGAGAUUAUUUCCAAAUAUAACCUGACUAUUACAAGAAGCAAUGACUGUGAUCCUUCAGAUAGCACUUUCUGCCCUCUGGCUCUCACUGUCACAUAUAAAUCAGUAAAGGUAGUUCUGACUCAGGUGAAGACUUCAGGAACAGCAGCUAAUGUGGUGUAUGUCAAUCAGAAACGUAUCUAUCCAGCCUAUAGCAAUUCGGUGCUUCUCCUUUUUGGCACGGAUAUGGAGAUCACAGCACUGAUACCGGAGAUCAACACAACAAUAAUCUAUAGGGGAUCUUCAUUCAAGAUCGACCUGCCCUAUUCUCUGUUUGGGGGGAAUACUGAGGGACAGUGUGGGACCUGUGACAACUCCCAAGCCAACGACUGCCGUUCUCCAAACGGCCAGAUAGAAAGCUGCGCAGAAUCUGCAGAACUCUGGACUAUUCCUGGUACCGUCUGUGUCCCCUCACCCACCCCUUCAGCUGCUACAACAGAACCUGUCACUUCAUCACAGCGGCCGUAUCCAACAACACAACCUGCCUGCAAACCUGCCAUCUGUGAGCUCAUUAUGAGCAGUUUAUUCGCACCUUGCCACUCAGUCAUAGCUCCUGGACCAUUUGUGACAUCGUGCGCCUAUGAGAUUUGCAGUGGUGGUAAUAACAUGUGCUCCAGCCUGGAGGCAUAUGCUGCUGAGUGUUCCAGUGCAGGAGUCUGCAUCGACUGGAGGAAUGCCACUAAUGGACUGUGUGAGCAUAGAUGUCCAAGCAACAAAGUGUACAUGGCCUGUGGUCCCUCGGUAGAACUCACAUGCAAUGACAGAUACAACAGGAAGUUUCAGGCAGAUGUGACAUCAGCUGCUAACUUCACCCAGGAAGGCUGCUUCUGUCCUCAGGGCACCACAUUGUUCAACUCAGUUUAUGACACUUGUGUCACCUCCUGCGACUGUGUUGGAUCAGAUGGAAAACCCAAAGAGCCAGGGGAAACAUGGACAAGUGAAUGCAACACCUGUGAGUGUGACCAGGACUCAAUGAGUGUUCACUGUAAUCCCGUGAAGUGCCCUGAGGUCCAGAGCCCCAACUGCACCGAGCCCGGCCAGCAGCUGCUCAACAAGACAGAAGGCUGCUGCACAACGCAGACCUGUGAAUGCAACUUUAGGCUAUGUGGCGCUCCUCCUACCUGCCUGCUGGGCUUCCAACUUCUCAUCACCAACGGUACCUGCUGCCAGUCCUACGAGUGCGUCCCUAAAGGUGUGUGUGUCUAUGACCUGACUGAGUUCAAGCCUGGUGCAAAGAUACCAACACCUCAAACACUGUCAGAGGUUCCACUGGAAGAACCAUCAGGAGCCACAGCAUCCUCUGAAACACAAGCAGAUACCAGUGGGACUGGGCAGGAGGAGUCUUUUAGCCCUGCACCCUGCCACCAGUGUUACUGCAGUCACCAAACAGACCCCACCACCAAACUCAACGCCAUCAAAUGCACCCCUGUUGUCUGCAACACAAGCUGCUCUGAAGGCUUUGAAUAUCAACGUUCUACAGAGGAGUGCUGCGGGACGUGUGUACAGAAGAGCUGUGUCUUCACCACGCCGCAGAACCAGACAGUACACGUCAUUAAGGUCAACGGCACUUUUGUCCCACCCGACGACAAGUGUGUGCAGUACACCUGUGAGAAGAUCAACGGACAGGUUGUGGUGAAGGAAACAAGGACCACUUGUCCUCCUUUCAACCCGCUGGACUGUGAACCUGGUACCGAGACAGCUGAUGCCACUGGCUGCUGCAAAACCUGUCGGCUACAGAGCGUCUGUGAGGUGGACAGCAAGCAGACCAUCAUCGAGGUGAACAGCUGCGUCAGUGCUGAGCCGCUCAACGUUACAUCCUGUGUCGGACAUUGCAGAAGCUCGUCCAUGUACUCGGCAGCAGCUAACACCAUGAUGCACCAGUGUGAGUGCUGCUAUGAGGCCACUACCAGCAUCAGGCAGGUGGAGCUGACCUGCGCUGACGGUUCAAAAGUCCGCCACAGCUACACCCAUGUGGAAACCUGCCGCUGCAGCAAGGAAGAAUGCCCAGCGAGCACAGCUAAACCCCAGCGCCGCAGGAGACGCUGACCUGUUACUCCUUUACACUAGCCACAAGCUAACCACAAAUGUCCUAACCUUUUCCAAACUUUGUUAUUUAUAGUGCAAUGGGCUCCUCUCCGGAGUCGUUCUUACAAAUAAGACUGCUUCUGAAUUUCUCGCUAACAAUAAAUAAAAUAUAUCUGCAAAAUGAU